CAUUUCUCAUUCGGCAGACAAUCGCCUGACGGAACGGAUGUGUGUGCAACGCUGCAGCCAGUGGAUCUUCAUCAGAUCAGUUCGAUUGGUAUCAGUUUGUGCGGUGCGUUUGCAUAGAUAGAUAACUAAGUGUCUAUUAUUCGCGUGUGUGCAGUCGAUCGACAAAAAUCACUUCACACUUGGCCGGAAGAAGGUGGCAAUUGAGGCAACUCAACGCCUCCGCCAACAGCCAAGCGAGACUGCCAGCCAGAGAAUUCUGCAACAACAAAAUAAGGAAACAAAUAAAAGAAGUUCAAGUCAAUCAAUCGAUCGAUUCGGGCACUGAUCGAUCAGGCCGACAACAAAAUAUUCGCCAGUCAACGCCAACGGGCCAUAAAGCAGAAGCGAAUCAUUUGAAAAUCCAAAGAAAACACAAAAGCAAGAACACAUUUUGCCUCAAAUGGGAAUGAAAUAAAUAUAUUUUUUUGUUGUUGUUGUGAUCGAUAAAGCAGUUUCCAGUGUACAUCCCAUGGGUGUGUGUUCGAGUGUGUGUGCCUGAGUGUGUUCGUGGCUCAAUAAUCAAAUUUGACAACUGCGCGAAAAACGUUUGAGAUCAAAACAAAUCAAACAAAAUCAACCAAAUAAAUGGGCCAACAAUCAGUCCUGUGAGGCUUCCUUUUUUUUAUUGUGUUACCCAAAAGUUGCCAGCAAUUGACAGAUCCGCCGCAUAGGGAUAUUGCCUGUGGUAUUGUGAGAUUAAAAUCGUGCUUAAAUGACUCACCUGAGGGGGGGUCCCACGGAGUGCGCCAGCGCCAGCGCCAUGAUGGGCACCUCGCUGCCCUUUCUGGACAACGGCCUGGGCGCCAGCCUAACGGAUUACAGCUGCUACGCGAACGAUUACUGGACCACGCCCUACAUGAACGGCGGCCUCAGCCCCAUGAAACAGAUCGAAGCCUGCAUACAGACGGCGGGCAAGGAUCGCAGCUCUUACAAGCCACUGGAACAGAUUGAUGCCACAUUGGCCGACAUCGAGACGCACACAACGGCCAGCAGUGCCACAGCGGCAGCAACCAGCACCGGUAGCAACAGCAGCAACAGCAGUAACAGCAGCAACAGUUCUCUGAGCAACGCAAAUGCCGGCUGCCAGGAGCUGGCGGACUAUGAAGCCAGCAGCGGCGCAGCAUUGGUGCCGGCCACGGGGGACAACACGGCAGCGGGUGGUGCACCGGCCAAGAAAUACAACAAGAACCAACACAAAAAAGACAACAACAAUCAUUUGGAGAACAAUGCGGCAAAAGCCAGCCACAGUCAAGGCAACAGCAACGCUGCCAGAGGGGAAUCCGUGGAGGCCGUGCAUCCAUCGCUGGCCCAGGCCAUCGUUGUGCUGGAGACAAAGGCGCUGUGGGAUCAGUUUCACGCCCAGGGCACCGAGAUGAUCAUCACGAAGACGGGCCGUCGCAUGUUUCCCACGUUUCAGGUGCGCAUCGGGGGCCUCGAUCCACAUGCCACCUACAUCUGCAUGAUGGACUUUGUGCCGAUGGACGACAAGCGCUAUCGCUAUGCCUUUCACAACUCCUGCUGGGUGGUGGCCGGCAAGGCGGAUCCCAUCUCGCCGCCUCGCAUCCACGUGCACCCCGACUCGCCAGCGGCCGGCUCCAACUGGAUGAAGCAGAUCGUGUCCUUCGACAAGCUGAAGCUAACCAACAACCAGCUGGACGAGAACGGACAUAUCAUACUGAACUCGAUGCACCGCUACCAGCCGCGCUUCCAUCUGGUCUACUUGCCCCCCAAGAAUGCCUCACUGGACGAGAACGAGCACUCGAGCCACUUUCGCACGUUCAUCUUCCCGGAGACGAGCUUCACGGCCGUCACUGCCUACCAGAAUCAGCGGGUGACACAGCUGAAGAUUUCCAGCAAUCCCUUUGCCAAAGGUUUUCGGGACGAUGGCACCAACGAUGUUACCAACGGCAGCACGAUGAGCCAUGAAAGCCAGGCUCGCAUGAAGCAACAGCAGCAGCAGCAGCAACAACAGCAGCAACAACUGCAACAACAGCAGCAGCAGUUGAGUGUCAAGGAAAGAACAAGCAGCAACAAUUUCAGCCUGAGCUGCACAGAGCUAAAUGUGGAUCCCCAGCAGCAGCAGCAGCAGCAGCAGCAGCAGCACCAUCAGCAGCAGCAACAGAGUGGCAUGCAACUGCCAGCCACGCCCUCGAGCAGCUCCGCUUCAGGUAACUCCCCGGAUCUGUUGUCCUUUCAAAUGGAGCAACUACAGCAGCAGCAGCAACAGCAGCAGCAGCAGCAGCAGCAACAUCACCUGCAACAGCAGCAACAGCAGCAGCAGCAGCAACAACAUGCCGCGUUGCAUCAUCAGAGCCACAAUCAAUAUGGCAGCUAUCACCAUGCCUACCAGACCCAUCCACUGACGCCACACUCCACCAGCUCAGCCUCACCGCCAGCUGUAAUCCCCGCCAGCAGCACAGCGACGGUCACAGGAGGAGCAGCAGCAGGGGGAGACACCGCGGCAGGAGCAACUGGAACAGGAACAGGAACAGGAACAGAAGUGGGAGCUGUGACUGGCACCGCUCCACAGGUUAUGGCUGCCAGCAUUUACACCAGCAUCGGCCAGCCAUAUGCCCAGGAGCAGAGCAACUUUGGGGCCAUUUACCAUCACAAUGCGGCCGCUGCCGCUGCCGCCCACUAUCAUCAUGGCCACGCCCACAAUCACGCCCAUGGGCAUGGUCACGGCCCAUAUGCCAGUGCGUACGACAAGCUGAAGGUGUCGCGGCAUGCGGCAGCCGCCGCCUACGGCAUGACCGCCGGCUAUCAGACCUUCUACGGCUCGGCGGCCCAUCAUCAGAUGAUGCGACCCAACAGCUACAUAGACCUGGUGCCCCGCUAGAUGCCGCUCGGUCAGCCCCCGGGAACCGAUCGCAGAUCGAACAAGUAUUAGCAGCAGUUGAGAAAUAAAACCAAGUACAUGCAAAAAAGUAUUAUAAGUAUUUCUUCGCUCUCUCUCUUUUUUUUUUUUCCUAGUUCUUAGUGUAAACCAAAAACCAAA